UUGGCAGGGCUCGCCCCACGUGGAGGCAGGACUGGCCUCCAUGCCUGAUGCCACACGGGUGCCUGUGACUGUGGCUGUCCCUUGUCCCCGCCAUCCUGCACCCUGGCCCCCAAGUCAGGGGCUGCAGGACCCUGGGGGCUGAAAGGACUCUCCUGUUUGUCUCCACGAGGAGUGCGGUGUUCCUGGGGGCUGGGUCAGCAAAGAACAUCCUUGUGGGAGAAGAUGACAAGGAGGAGUUGGUGUGCAGAGACAUUUCCUCACAGGGCUGGGACAUCAGGACUUGAGCCCUUUGCUGACCUUUUCUUUGAGAUGAGGCAGUUUUGUCUUUUCUACCCCACUGGCUGUGAUGGGAGGCGAUCAGCUUCGCUGGGGCAGGGCAAGAGAAAAGGACAAGCGCUGCUGGGGGACAGCCCAGCCUGCCUGCGAUCGCCCUGUGGAUAUGUCCGUGCUCAUGACGAGACUGCUGGAGUGUCCUCUCAGAGUCGUCCUGUCGCUCUGAAGGUGUGUCUGCAGGAAGGUCACCGGGGCCUCGAGAAGGCCCGGGUGGUGACCGACCCAGGGAGCGUCCAUUUUUCAGGUCCAGCCCUGCCACACCCUGGCGAGCUGCUCCGGCCCUGCCUGCACCUCCACGCCCCGUGGACUCACCUCUUCCCUUGCCCAGGGGGCCAGCUCCAGAUCCCCGCCCCGUUGGUGAAAGUGUUUUGUGCGAUUCUUCCUGUUGCCUGGAGAACACUUUUCUCCUUUGUUAUUGUUUUGGUUUUAACCGGAGAGAACAUGGGUCAUGACGCUAAGGGGCUGAGGGGCAUGGGAGGGAUGGGAGUCAGGGAGGGGGAUCUGGGGAGGGGGACCUGGGGAGGGGAGGCUGAAUGGAGUCAGCUUGCAGGUGAAAGGUCAGGGUCGAAGGUCAGGAGUAGGCAGGGAGGGGGGACAGGUGUGAGCCUGGGCAGGAAGUCCAGGGACCCCACAGUGGACUUCUCCUGCUCAGUAGAAAGGCGGCAGGAUCACCGGAGGAGGAGGAGACAAGAAUGGAUGAAAAGCUCUGAGGUUCGGCUCUUGUGGGGGCCGAGAGGAGCCGGGCAGGGACCAGAAGGCAGUUUCCCCUGCCUGGCGAGUGACAGUGUAGUCACGGUGACCCUCACACCUACGGUCCGGAGUUCCCGCCAUCAGUGCUGUGAGGAUGUGGGCAGGAAGGGUGUGUGCGGGGGUCGGAUGGGGAGCUCAAGGUAGGAAGGCAGGCGAGAUGAAGGGCCAGGGGCUGGGGGAGCGAAGGGUCCAGGCCUGAGCCCUCCCACCACCCCGUGAUUCCUGGUCCUCCCCCUUCCCCACCUGCCCCAGCCUCGUCCCUGGAAACCAAAUUCAUUUCACUCCCUGUUUUAUCCGGAGAUUGGCCUUCAGGGUCAUCUAGACGUGGAGCGGUGGGCUUGGGGGGGGAUGGUGACGGGUCAGUGUAGGUUCAUCGGGGUACCGGGUGUACCAUCUGGGGCAGGAGGGUGAAGGUGGGGAGGCUGUCAGUUUGGGGGCAGGGGCCACGUGGGAACAAGACCCUACUGUGAGGAUGAGCCAGGAGGGGAGGUGGGCAGGCUGGUUGGGGGUUGUGAGUGGGCAGAGUGGAACUAGCUCAUAGCCCCGACCACACCAGUGCUUAAUUGGCUUUAUUUUUAAGAGCAGUUUUAGGUUCAUGGCAUAAUGGAGCAGAAACUACAGAGAUUUCCAAGAUUCCAGAUGCCUCCAUGCCCACCCUCACUUCCCUCACUGUCAACAUCCCCUCCCCUUCACAUGCUCGUCCAUUCAGAAGUAAAGCCCUAUUUCGCUUGCUGCACUUAGGGGAUCCCUUCUGACAAGUCGACAGUGACGGAAGGGAGAUGCAUGGCUCUCUAGACCAGAUUAUCGAGGGCGACACAGCCUCCGCCUUGACCUUGCUCAUGAGGAUCUUGCUCGGGGGAAAAGAGUUGCCGCUUUGUGAGGACACUGUCUGCCCCAUGGCUGGAUCCAUGGGGAGAAAACCGAGGCCUCCAGCCAAGAACUCCAUGAGUGAGUCGAACUGAUGGACCCAGUGGAGCCUGCAGUUGACCGGGCCCAGCCAACAUCUUGACCGCAGGAUCGGGAGAGGCUCUGAGCCGGGAUCCCCCCACCAAGCUGCUCCCAGAUUCCUGACCCUCGGACACUGUAGGAUAAUACAUGCUUAUUGUUUUAAGUCCCUAAGUCUUGGGGUAAUUGGUUAUGCAGCAAGAGAUAAUGAAUAUAAUACCUUUAAUUUCAUGCUGAUUAUCACUUUGUCACUAGACUUGCCACAUGACCUACUCUGUCAAGUCCAUUUUUUUCCUGGCUGUCUCCACCUUUCUGCUGCCAUUGGGCUGGUUAUUCUCGAGACCUGCAGCUUAGAGGUCAUCUCCCCUACCCUGCUGAUUGUGCUUGCUGGUUCCGAGGUCUCUUAGUCUUCCUUAGGCCUCCUUUCCUUUUUGUAAAAAAGUUUAUUUAAAAAUAUAUUUUUAAAAUUGAAGCGUAGUUAAUUUGCAAUGCUAUGUU